AUGAGGGCUGCCGCUGAGUGCGCCGGAACGUCUGCUGCUGACGAGGGCGCAGGAAUGCAGGAGCACGGCCAGGUGGCGAACGGAAGACAGGCCCGCGGGAAGAGCGUCGCCGCUCCCGCCGCCCGCGGGAAGAAGGGGAAGCGGCCCCGCGCCCAGCCAGCAGCGAGGCGGCCUGGAGCAGGGCUGGGACUUGGUCCCCCGGGACCCCUCCUGGGCUGGCUGCGGCAAGGGCAGUCGCCACAAGUGCCAGGGCUUCCGUCGUCAUCGAGGGGCGCUGCGGCAGUACAGCAGGAGCCAGAGGUGGUGGCGGCGACGCCGUUAGCGACAGAGGUAGCACCAACGCAGGAGCCGGAGGGCUCGGGCAGCGGUACCGGCGGGGCGCCACAAGCGGCGGUUCCAACGGCGGCAGCAGCCGUAGCGAGUGUGGUAGUGGCAGCGACGACUGGCACGAGACGCUCAGCUAGGAUCGGAUCCGUAACCUGGGGACCGCCACGGGGCGGUCGAACACCGUGGAUGCCGGCCGGCCGCGGAGGCAACGCAAUGGCAGGAGCGGGGGCGGCGGGUACGGCUGGACGGGGGAAUCGCGGAAACCCGCUCGGGGGCCUAAGGGGAGGCAAGGGAGGGUGCAACGCAGCACCCAUAACGGAGAUCCCUGCUAGAACGGGCCCUUGGCGGGAACGUCACGCCAGGCCUGAGAGAGAGCAGCCACAGACGAAUGAGGAACCAGAGGCAUCUGACAACGUUGAUGCCGAUCCGGAGUUUAUGGCUGGGGAGGACGAGGCUUCAGAGGAGAUCUCACUGGAUGACGAGGAGGCCCCACCCAGGAGGGACAACCCAGCACCACAAACACGAGAAGCGGCGGGGGGAAUCCUACAAGCCACAGCGGACCCAGCAGAAGCAGCCACGGGGGACACUGAUGUUCCAUCGCCAGCCGACCUGGCUAGCGAUGACGCCAUCUGGCACAUGGCGGGGGGGUGGAAUGUGGACAUUUUUCUGCGAAGUGAUCAGCCAUUCCUCGUCCGCCGCUUGCCACCACAGCUUUUGGACAGAUAUUGUCUGUGCAUGCUGGCAGCCCUCAUCCGCCUGGACAAAAACCCAAGCUGCCCAGGGGGUUGGACAGUGCUGAUGUUCUUGCCGAGGCUCACCCUGAGGCCAGCGCCCGAACCUGUUGCGGGGAGUCGCUGGGCAGCUAUUGAAGCACGGCUGCACAGGUUCCAAAGGGGCGAGUGGACUGACCUUUUCGAAGAGGCAGGGGCCAUACCCGCUACUGAUGCCCCGUGCCAGGCGGAGCGGAGUGCAUCAUUCACUCCGUCCGAUCCCUACUCCGUGAGGACGAGACACGCAUUGCGCUCCAGUUAG